GAAUUGUCCCGGAUUACUCACCACUAUUCUCCUCUUUCACUUUGCCAGAACGUCAGCGAUCCUGUGCGAGUGCCACAAACAAUCUUGCCGUUUCUAUUUGUCUACGAUAUCGGGCGGCGAUGAACGAGAAGGAUCUCGAUCAGUCAACAAGCGAACUGGCAACCAGCAGCGAGUGUCCGGACGUUGUGCUUGCGAGCUCCUCGUCACCAACCGACGGCGUUUCGGACGCGUCCCAGUCUGUCGUCGCGUACAGUCGUGAGCCGGUUGUGUCCGUCGUCAAUCCGGAUGCGUCUGGUCUCGGUGUUGCCGAUCUGCCGCAGACGUUUCUUCCCGAGGCGUCUGCUGUCGUCCGACGAGGUGACGUGUUCGUGGCCACGCACGAGCUGCCCGUACAGACGGUCGUCAUAACCCAUACUGGUAUGCCGGGCCUGGUGACGCCUGAUGUGACGCCGGAUGAUUCCAGUUCGGAGAGAAGUGUGUUGGCAGACGGAAGACAGAACUAUGUUGCAGUCAACCAAGAGUUUGCUCAAUUUAUCGAAGCAAGAACUCUUCCACACAUACACACCGAUCCUGAGACUGGCAGGAAGAUCCACAGGUGUGCUUAUGAAGGAUGUGGCAAGGUAUACACUAAAAGUUCUCAUCUGAAAGCUCACAUUCGAACUCACACGGGUGAAAAGCCAUAUAUUUGUUCGUGGCCCAAGUGCAGAUGGCGUUUUGCUCGAUCUGAUGAGUUGACUCGACAUUACAGGAAACAUACGGGAGAUAAACCUUUCAAGUGUGAGCAUUGUGGAAGGGGGUUUUCUCGAUCAGACCACCUUAGUCUUCACAGGAGACGUCACUGUGAGUCUAAGACAACGACAAGCACCAGCCGUUCCUCUGCCAACAAAAGUCCUUCAGUUCAAGCAUCCGCAUAAUUUGGGUACUUUGGUGACAUAAAGAUUGCUUGUAGCAGUGUAGCAGGUACUCACGUAUGAAAUGCUAUAAGAAAUUUAGAUAGUGUAAGAGAGGAAGUGGAUAUUAUUACAGGUACUUUUCAUAAUCGUUGUGAAUGUGGUAAGUUCUGCUAGACUGACUAAUUGUAUCACGUGGACGUACAGAUGUAUUUAUAAAAGAAAGACACAUUGUACUUAUUAAUAAAAUGACAAGAACUUGAAAAUGAAACUUGGUUCUUUUACUGGUCACAGCUGAC